CAUUGGAUAAGAUAUUCCGCCGCUACAACAAGGCAGGCUUUCAAGUCAAGAUCAUCACAUGUGAUCGGGCGUUCAUUCCUCUCACCGAUGAUAUGCUAGACGAUAUGGGUGUUACUAUUGGCCCAACUGCAGCUGGAGACCACGAGCCUACCGCUGAGCAAAACAAUAGGACGCUGAAAGAAAGAGUCAGAGUAGCUCUUGCACGAUUACCCUCCAAAGUGGUCCCAAAAGUGAUCACUGAAUGUCUUGGACGUUGA